AUGAUCUCCCCAAUCAAGACCCCGCCGAUCAAGAAGGUUUGCGUGCGUGACGAUAAUGCCCCUGCUCAGAACGCUGUGCCGCGCCCCGGCUUUAUCGUGGAUAAGAAGGAUGACUCCCGGGCCGGGCCCUCGCUCUCGCUGUCACCGUCUUACAUGGAGGAGCGACGGCGCCGCUCCAUGAAGGUGGCGUCGCGACGUCAGCGCGUGUUGCCGCGGCUGCCGCCGCCACCUCACGAGCGUCCCCUGCUUGCAUGUCCGGAGUCUGGUCACCGUGAGGGUGCUGAGGGAGAGGAGGAGGAGGAGGAGGAGGAGGAGUACUGCCCAGUAGAGGCUCUGCAAAAAUUAAAAACAGAAUACAGAGUAGUUGUCGAAGCUUGA